AUGGACAUUCAACCGAUGCAUCACUACCGUACAGGGAGCGGAAGCUCUUCGCACACAGAGAAUGGCUCGGAGAAUGACUGGAGGAAUGACACGAAGAGUAAUGCGCAGAGCGACGCGCAGACCGACUCGGAGAGCGACUCGGAGACCAACUGUGGAAACGACUUACUACCCGAAUCGUAUAAAAAUCAAGUACCAAAUUUCACACCGAUCUUAGGGUUGGCUCCGACGGUCCAUAAGUGCCCCUACGGAAAUUGCGGCAAGGGCUUCACCUCGAAAGCAAAUUUCCGAAAGCAUUGGAUUGCUAGACAUGGGCCACUACCUACAUCGCGACCAAAAAGCGGUUCCACCACUCGUCGCGAUGUCAUAGUGCCUACCUCUACCAAGGAAUUGUCUCAUAGAUUGUCGGAACUUCAAGUUUCAGAUGUUCCUCAACGGUGUCAUGACGCUGGUCUGGCACCCUCAAUUGCGACCGCUCCAGAAGCAUUUGUUGGAGAUCCUGGGCUGGAGAUAAGGGACGGACUUGGGGGUAACGUCUUUCCAGCAAAGCCUGGAUUCGAACCGCCAAACUCUGGAUUGAAGCUUCAUCCGCUCGAAUAUCCUCGAGCUCAACCGGCCGAAUUCAAUGCACCUUCACUGAACACUGCGUCUGGAGGGCCGUUCAUGGCAAACCCGAGAGACCAAGAUGCCCACCGCAUCAUGAAUGAAUUAGUCCUUAAAGCUCUGCAUGACCUUGAGGUCAGAGUGCAAAUUACUUGUUGCCAGAAGACCACAGUCCAAGGUGAAGGGAAAGUGCCAACCAGGAAACGGGCUCGGGGGCCUGCAAAUCAGCAGCAGCCGCCGAGCCGGAAGCGGCAAGCAGUUUCUCAGAGGCAAGGAGAAGAAUCCAACGAGGAUGACAACGACCAAUCAAGCGACGACGAUCUGGAACGCCACGGUCCUGAAGACGGGAAAGACGAUACGGGUGCAGGCGAUAUGGACCUGAAAUACCUGGCUUGCCCUCUCUUUCGAAAGGACCCCCGAAGAUACGCGGCUUGCGCGAAAAGUCGACUGAGGCGUAUCAGAGAUGUCAAGCAGCAUUUGAGACGAAAGCACACUAGACCGGAGUACUACUGUCCCACUUGUUGGGAAACAUACUCGGGACCCGACGAGCGAGAUGCUCACCUUAUUCAACGCUCUUGUAAUGGCCCAGAAGGGUCAGGCCCACCGUGGAUUUCACGGGAGCAAGAUACUCUAUUAGAAGGAAGAGUUCCAAAUGGAUCAACGGCGCAACAGUGGUUCAGCGUGUGGGACAUUGUCUGCCCUGGCCAGACACGCCCGGAACCUCCAUUUUGUUUCUUGGGUAGGAUGGUCGAGGACAUUAGCACCUUCCGGAGAGAGCUCUGGGAAACCAAGGGCUCUGAAAUUAUCGAAGACCUCGUAUCUCAGCGGGAAGCCACGCUCCAGGAACCUCUGACAGAGGAGACUAGGAGUCUGCUCCAGAGGUGCAUCAUGGACGCUGUCCGGCGUGUGCUGGAGCAUCCUGAUGUCACACAAGCAAGAGAGGUCCGAUGGAACCAGGACAACGACCUUGCUGAGGCAGCUUCAGUACCUCAAUCCUCUAACCGGGUCCACGAUGUUUCUGAAGAUGUUGCCCACGCAGUUCAUCGCCAACCUUGUGGGACGCAAGAUAACAUACUCCAGGAUGGCCACUCUUCCAUUCCGAAUCUAAGGCAGGCACUCCAGUUGGAUGUCGAGCAGCAGUUCGAAGACUUUACGUCUUUCUGGAAUCUGCAAACAUCCGAACAUGAAGGAUUCGAUACGGUCAAUCGCAAUGUCCUUGAUACAUUUCCGCCAUAA